AUGAUUACAACGGAAUUGGAUAAAUUUUCUCAAGCAGUACCGAAUGUUGUAAGGGAUUCUGAUAUAAUUUCUCCGUCUUUCACCGGUGACAAUGAUAAAGAAUAUCCCAAACACAUACAUGAACUCGUUGAUCGUAUUAGUUCGCUUACACUUUUGGAGGUUGCAGACUUAUCCGAAUUACUUCAGAAAAGAUUGAACAUAAAGGGCACCGGAAAUAUGAUGUCUAUGAUGGUUCAAGCACCUACAAAUCAGCCAUCAGAAGAAUCCGAAGAACAACCGGUAUCUACCAAAAUGUCAUUCUCAGUAAAACUUGUAAAAUUUGAUGCUGCAAAAAAAAUUCAACUUAUCAAAGAAAUUAAACAGAUCGCUCCUGAAAUGAAUCUCGUGCAAGCUAAGAAGUUUGUAGAAAGUGCACCUGCAAAUGUGAAGACGGAUGUACCGAAGGAUGAGGCUGAACGAAUAAAAAAAGUAUUAGAGGAAGCAGGAGCAUCUAUUGAAAUUGAAUAG